ACUGGUUAUUACAUUACUACUUGUAGCCUCUCUGAGCCUGGUGCAUCCUCAACGGAACUCGAUCGGAAGCCUCCUCCUCCUGCAUGGUGACCGCAGCAGCAGCAGCCUCAGCCUCUCCGCGCAGCAUGCUCUGCUUCGCAUUGACCGCCUCGCCGUCCGGCCGCCGCGAGCCUUGCCGCUGCCACCACCGAACGUGACUCGUCCGCCGUCCGUCCGUCCGUCACCAGCGGAUCGAUCGAUCGCCCUCGACGCUCUGCAGCCGGCCGGCGCUCGCGGUCGCGGUCGCGGCACGCGCGAUGCCUCCUCUGCAGGCGCCGCCGCACGGCGAGAAGAGCAGCAGCUCCGGCGGCGGCGGCGGCAGGCAUCAGCGGCAGGGGAUGGCGGGGGCGGCGUCUCAGCAGCGGUCGGCGUCGUUCCACGGGCGCGGGACGGAGCAGCAGCGGCACCUGCAGCCGCACCAGAAGCAGAGGCCCAAGACGCUGCCUGACGUGCUCGCCGGCGUCAGGGGAGCGGGCUUCCGUUCCGGGUCCUCCCCGCCCGGCCCGGCGGACGGUGACACGGGGAGGACUACGAGGACGCCGAGCAAGGUUCUGGUGAGCGUGGCGGUGCAGCAGAGCAUGUGGCCGCUGCACGUCAUGGCGUCCGCCGAGUGGACCGUGGCCGACCUGGUGGCCGCCGCCGUGGCGCUCUACGUCAAGGAAGGCCGCCGGCCGCUGCUGCCGUCCACCGACCCGGCCGCCUUCGGCCUCCACUACUCCCAGUUCUGCUUGGAGAGUCUGGACCCAAAGGAGAAGAUUAUGGAACUGGGCUCCAGGAGCUUCUUCCUGUGCCCAAGAUCUUCAGCUGCUGGUCAGGAUGCUUCAUCGUCCUCCCCUGGCACAGCAAACGGGGUCAUCAGGGCGGCUUCAGGGAAAACACCGGCCUGGCUGAGCAACAUGCCGUUCUGGCCGACGAUGUAAUCGGCUAGCACCCCGCCCGAGACUCUUCCACCCACAGUCACCAAGCAUCGGUUCAGGAAACAGGUCCAAAAGAAUCUCCAAGUAUUGCAUUUGUGAGACAAAUGGCUACAAGGACACUGUAAAUUUGUAGUAUGUUUAGAGGGAGAUGAGACAGCAGUGUGUGUAAGCAUCUUGAAUGGUGCACGAAUCAUCUGUGGCUCAUGUUACGCCCAAAUUUAGAUAAAAAUAUCAAAUGUGUAUGUAAUUAAAAGUUUAAAUUUUUAAAGCAGUUUUAGUGGCGAAAAAUUGCUGUGGUCAUCUUGUUUAAAUUAACUAUUCUACACCUCCAGCAGAUAAGGAAGCAAUGGCGUGGAAGAGGAAAAUGACUGACUGACCUUGUAUGGACCCUGCAAGUGGCAAAGAAAUAUCUUAAAUAACCA